ACCUCCUUCGUACGGCUGUUGUCCAAAGCGGAAUCCAACGGCGCGCCGCAGCUCCUCCGCCUCUCCUCGCCCGCCGCCUGCCGCUGCGCCCACAGCUCACUUCCGUUCGUUCGUUAAGCCCUCGCACAAGCGCGGGCGGCCCUCCGACCGGCCGAAACCCCGGCGGCCUCCUGGAGGUUCCGGGAUUGGGAUCGGUCUGAGCUGCUGCUGAGGCCGGCGGAGGCGUUCCCUUCUCGUUUCUUGGAGUGGCAUGGUGGUGGCGACCGGCCGGUGAAUAUGAACACUGUGUGUGAAGUCUGUGGAGAUAUUGGUUACAGACAACUUCUGCUCUGUUGCAGAGACUGCAAGCGUUGUGCUGUCCACCAAUACUGUUUGGACAAAGUUGUCUUCGAUGCAUCGUUAAUAAAAUGGUUCUGUUAUGAAUGCCUACAAAGGCAUGGUGAAGUUAUUUGUAUCAGUUCUCAAGAGAAGGUGUCCAGUGAAAGGCCACCAAGUCAUGCUCAUUUUCGUUCGCCAGUACAUCAGCUAGUUACCAAGAGUGUGGAAUCAGUAAGGGAUGCAGAGCCAUGGAGAAAUGGAAAAAAUGAAUCAUUUGCGACUAAAUAUACAUCUCUCAACAGAAUUUAUUCUUCGGUUAAGAAGCACAAUAAAAAGAAGUCACUUAUGAAACCAAUGGGUAACUGCACAAGUAGAAAAGUACGAAUCGCUAAAGUUACCACCCAUACAAGUGCUGAAGCAUCAUGCUCUUGUGAAAGCAUUGGAACAGAAUCAGCUCAGAGCAACCAUGGCAAGAACCAGCAGGUAGACCAUGAAAACCCUGUUGCAAGUGUUCGAGAAAGAAGUGUAGAUCCCAUUAGUAUUUCAUGCAGCUCUCAUGAUACCAUAGCAGCAUCCGAAAGCAGUGAAAGAUCCACGGAAUGCCAAAAGGCUAGCUCCUGUCGUCAUCGGAAAACUGUGAAGAUGGCUACGGUGUCCUCAUCAUCUGAGGAGUCAGGUUAUAGCAUUAUUCAAGUUCCAUGCAUAUUUACCUUGAAUUGUACAUCACUUAUUAUAAACUCUGUUGCAAAAUUUUGUACAGGAGAAAACACUAUCUCUAAAAACGUAUCUUUGAAGUAUGUUUUGGCAUAUAGAAGUUAUCUAUCUAAAGCACAAAAUAAGAGAGUAAUGAAGCUUAUUCAGGAAAUUCAACCUGAAUUCACAAUUUUUAUAUCAAUAAUGCGGAGGAACAAUGUAGCACCCCCGGGUCCUUUUCUGGGAAUUACCAAGGAAUAUGCAGUUGCACAUUUCCCAGAUAAAACCACAAAUGUCACUCUUGAGACGCCUGGCAAGAGCAAGAAGUGGCAUCCCAAAUUCUACAAAAGAGAUGAAAGUAGAAAGAACAUGCUGAUGGGACAGUGGCUAGACUUUGUCCGUGACAAUCAUGUGCAGGAGGGAGAUAUCUGCCUCCUUUUACCGACAAAAGAUGAGAUAAGAUACACAUUUAUGAUCUAUGUUCUUCAUGAAACAACUCAUUCUGGAGGUGGGGCUGGCUUUCAAAGGAUUGGCCCAUGCCCUGGUUCAUCUAGUGCAAAGAUGGCUUCAGAAAUCCAUAUUGAGGAGGAACCAACCACUGGAGAACAUGUUUCCUUGGAAAGUGAUAUGCAAGAAAUUUCUCAUGAACCUCUGGAGAGCAGAGACUCUGAUGAUCCAUUCGAACGACCUCCAUACUAUGUACCAUGCAGGAAUCCUCUAUCUAGAUCCCAAAAGAGAAUUGUUGAGGAGCGAGUGCGAGCUAUCCGAUCUGAAAUUCCCAUUUGUGUGGCAGUAAUGAAGAACAACAACAUUGGUGUCGCUCAGCGAUGGAUGCUAGAAUUAUGUUCAGGAUUUGCUUCGGUAUAUCUCCCAACUAUGGGUCAAACCAUAUUGCUCCAGUGCGAGGGGAAGACGUGGGAGGCCAAAAUGAUGUUUCAUAAUGGUAGAAGGUGGUUUCUUAAUGGAGGUUGGCCCAAUUUCGCUCGUGGCAACAGCCUGCGUGUCGGCGACAUGUGUCUAUUUGAACUGAAGGCGAAAGAGAGUAAGCUUACCAUGGCAGUCCAUAUCAUUCGCAAGGAGCAGUUUUAGGUUGCUGUGUAUACGAAAGUGUGUGCCCCCUGUUCUUUCGGUUGGCACGCUGGGCUUGUUGUGCCUGUUUCGUACUUUAUGUAGUUAAUCCAUGGUUGUGGCUGUGUUUGAAAGCAAGCCUAUUUUUAGGCAAACAAAUGUAAUCAAGUUCUCGAAGCGGUUUUCACAAUCCUCCUUUUCUUUU